AUGUCCACAGUCUCCGGCAAAGGGAAACAAGCUCUUGAUGAAUCGGGUAAUGAUGUACACGAUCCGGUAUAUGAGCAGGAUGAUGUGGCCAGUGCCACCGGAAAUCAGGUAAAUUCUCAUUUUAGCAGUCCUGAAUGAAAUGUAAAGAAUCAAGCAUGCAUACAGAGAAUAACUUGGAAUAAAAUCCAAACCAGCUACCAAUUCCAGAUCUGGUUAGAUAAGGGAGCCUCGUGGGAUGAGUGGGGGGAAUCCUAAUGGAUUCAUUUUGCAGGGUUAUUAACUAAAGUCAAAAUACCAACUCAAAAGAGUAAGCUAUGUUCCCAGUUCGACUACUUUGGUCUAAAGCUUCAAUUCUCUUUGAAUUCACUGACCAAAUUCCGAUUGUGUCGAUCGGCAUUCUGUAACAUUUGUUUGGAAAGUUAGUGGUUUUCGUAUCCGAACUAAUUUACGGAAUCUGAGAUUUAUCCACGACCACAUGGCGGCCAAGGAUGAAGUUACCGUCUCCGGCAGGGUACACGCUUACUUUGUCCACCGGCAGUGCUAGCCGCUAACGGGCCUACAGCAGCGCAAGGGUUAAUCAUUUGGCGGGUGACCAGCACUUGUUAGCCAGCCGCCAUAUUAAAAAAGGGAAAAAAAUAAUUUAACGGUUUAGUGACUGCCAAUAUUACUAUAAUGGCGGUAACGUACCACCAUAUGCCCAUGUCUGUUACACAUUAAGAACCAGUGACUGCACAGUCACAAUAAAAGGCCCCAUCUCACUUCUCUCGAGACGUUUUGUCAGAGCUCCCUGAUUGGUUGUCUUGCUAGCCAAUCAGAGAUCUCUUGGUCCUUUUGCUAAGAGGGGGACAUUUUCCCAUGCUUUGCGAUACCUGUCAUAGUGUGUCAAGCCUAUAAAAGGACGUUCCCCGCUAUCAGCGCUUAUUCUGCGGCAAGACUUUCAUGGUUGAAAUUGAUUUUUUUUUUUCUUGUGUUUUUUUUUUUAAUUCUUGGCGUUGGUAAUUCUGGAUUUUUAUUUGCCCUUUUUUGAAGCAGAAGACUAGAAGAAAGGAAACUUCAGACGGUAAGUAUAAUGUUUGGUUUUUACAGGUAAUACAUUUUUGGCCCUCACUAUUAUUAAGAUGAGGGGGUAGGUAAGGACUUUUUUCAGGGGGUACCUAGGGUAAUGGGGAUCCCUAGACACCUGAAGGGUGCUCACAGCUAAUUGGGGGCGGUGGACAUGUCCAGCCCCGCUAUUUUAUAAUUAAAGGAACACUGCCAUAUUGUAAAAUUAAACUCCCAUUCUGUAAAAUUAAAAAAAAUAAACAAAUUACUCACCUUUUCCCCAGCAUUGAGUCUCCCACGGGGCUGUGACCCAUUGCUUGGAGCAUAGGGAAACAUAGGUUCAUGAUCAGCACUCACCCACAAUUCCUUCAUAUAGAAUCAUUGACUCUGGGAUUCUCUAUGGCCGAUCGUGACGGCCCCCCCUCGGCACGUGUGACGUCACAGAAUGUUACCGUGCGAGAGCCUGGCUCUCUUACCCAGAGGGCUUCUGCGUUUCCAAGCCUUCUAUUUAAUUUAAUGUUGGGUUUUGGGGGUAGGACAGGGGGCAUGACUGCAGGCACUAGAACUACUUCAAGAUGAGGUUUUUAAAGCGCCUACAGUGGACUUUUAAUUAGGGCACCCACCCACUGCCCAUGAUUGGGGGCCAGGAGAGGGGACAAUAGAUCCCCCCAUAGAUGGUGCGACAGGGGAAUUAUGUGAUGGGAUCUUGUCUAAUUGCUUGGUUUACACAUUUAGCUGCUGGAUAAUAGGUGGGGUCAUAUAGAGGUACACAACCUCCAUUAUGGCAAUACGAGGUUCUUACUGACCCCUAUAGUAUUUUUUUUAUUUUUUUUUUUACUAUUUCCAUGUGGCGGCUGGCUAGCAAGUGUUGGCCAGUUGUUACGUAAUUAACCCGUGCGCCAUGGAUGGAUUUACCUAUUAGUCCAUUGGCUGCUAACGCUGCAAGCAGGCAAACGGGUCUGAUUAUUUUUUAAUCCAGGCUCGGAGAUGAAACCUCUGGUCCUGGAUUUAAUAGAUUCAGCCAGGAUUUCAGCUGUCCAGCGGCGCUGGGCUGAAAUCCGGAUUAAAUUCAAGCCCAUUUGGGACACAAUUUAUAAAAUUCAAACAUUGAUGAGUUUGAUCAACGAAUGGCCCCGGAUUCAGCCGAAUAGUUUUGCCUCAUUCGGUUUGGGGACAUUCGUAGUUUAGUAAAGAACCCUUUAAUGCUCUCAUGGAUGGAUUUCCCCUACAAAGGUGGAUGAUUGGGGGUCAUUCUAACUUUAACACGUCUCGUUCAAUUUAAUGUAUUUUGGCAAAAACUGUUGAAUCUUAAAUCUGCUAACAUCACAUUCUACAGACUGUCCUUUAUUAGCAGGGCACCACAUCACAGAGUAUCCUUUCUUCUUCCUAGAUUGAAAACCUGACGUCGAUUCAACACAUGGCUAAUAAAGGUGAGCCGUUUACAGCUCCAUGUCUUACGUCCCUCGCCAGCGCCAUGUUCCUUGCUGGCCUAGUGUCCCUCAAAUAA